AUGGCUGAGUUUGGAGAGAUCCUGCAGAACAUCGGAGAGUUUGGAUUAUUCCAAAAGCUCCUUCUGGUUGUAGUUUGCUUUCCACAUUUAAGUCAGCUUUUUCUUUUUGCAAGCUUUAUUUUUAUCCAGUCUGAUCCAGAGCGACACUGUAACACAGACUGGAUCCUUCAGGCUGACUCUAACCUGACCACAGAUGAGCAGCUGAACCUGACUCUGCCCCGGGAGGAGGAUGGGACCUUCAGCAGGUGUCAGAUGUUUGUUCCUGUGGACUGGGACAUUGGAGACAUCAGGGAGUACGGACUCAAUGAGACCACAGGGUGCCACAAUGGAUGGGUCUAUGGCAACAGCCUGUAUGAGGCCACCAUAGUCACUGAUUUUGAUCUAGUUUGUGACAGAGCAAACUUGGUGACUGUGACACAAUCAGUGUUAAUGGCCGGCGUUCUUACUGGUUCUCUCAUAUUUGGACCUCUUGCUGAAUCGUUUGGUCGCAUCCGAACAUGUCAAAUUUGUGUUGUUCUAAUUAUCUUAUUUAAUACAGCAACAGCAUUUUGCCCCAAUGUCUACCUGUACAUAUUGUGCAUGUUCAUGGUGUCAAAUACAGGCGGAGGCUAUCGGAUCAACUCUAUUGUAUUGGUCACUGAGUGGAUCGGGCCGUCCAAAAGGUCCUGGGGAGCCUGUGUGACUCAUAUAUAUGGUGCAGUUGGACAAUGUAUCCUGGCUGGUGUGAUCUACUCCAUCAGACGGUGGAGACUGGUUCAACUAAUAUCAGUAGUUCCAACUGUAUUAGUUUGUAUCUACAUGUGGUUUAUUCCAGAGUCAGCUCGAUGGCUGUUAAGCAGAGGAAGGACAGAAGAGGCGAAAAAGUUGAUUGUCAAGGCAGCAACCAUCAACAAACGCACUGUUCCAGACUCUCUUUUGGAAAAGAUUGAUGUGAAAGAUGCUGCUGAAAAAGGAAACAUCACAAUUAUUUUCAGAUCACCUCUACUGACAAAGUAUUUUCUUCUCAUGAUAUUGGCAUGGUUUUCUCUGAACCUUUCCAUCUUCUGCUUGUACUUCAAUAUUGGAAACCUCGGCCUCAGCAUCUUUAUGACACAGCUGUUGUUUGGUGCUAUUGAAAUACCUGCUUAUUUACUGUGUAUGUGGCUGUUGGAGGUUUUUGGCAGAAAAAAAUUACUCAUAACAACAACUCUGACCGGAGGGCUCUGCUGCAUACUUGUCCUAGCUGUUCAAGGAUAUCCCAUUGCUGUGACAACAUUAGCCGUUGCAGCGCGUUUCUUCCUGCUUGGGGCUUAUACGAUAUGUCAUGUUUAUGUCCAGGAGCUGUUUCCAACAUCUGUUAGACAACCAGCCACAUCUCUAGCAUCAGUGUCAGCAAGACUAGGUGCACUACUGGCUCCACUGCUCAACAUCCUGUCCAUGUACCACUGGUCCAUACCCACCACAGUCUUCAGCAGCUUGACCCUGAUCAGUGGAGCGCUCUGCUUCCUGCUUCCUGAGACCACGAGAAAAGAGCUUCCUGAGUCCGCCGAGGCAGGGAACAACAGAAAAGGGACCUCCACAAACAGAGACAGUUGUUCAGAUCCAAUUUACUGAACUGCAGACAUGUUUAAAAUGCAGAAUUAGGGAUGCACGAUAUUUGAUUUUUUGCCGAUAUCCGAUAUGCCGAUUUUUUACAACUCAUUUAGCCGAUUACCGAUACCAAUAUUUUUUCCCGCACAAUUAAUACCCACAAUCAGGGCAAAUUUGCCCAAAUUGAAUAAAACUACAUGUACCUUACAGACUGCUGCUUAAACUCAAAUUUAACUUAACCCUGUAAAACCCAGAUAUAGAAAAACGCAAAAAAA